AUGUCAUUCGCGCCAUCGGGCAAUCGACCGACCACUUCCAUCGCGAUGGACGCGAACCAAGCACAGCUCAAGUCGACAACAGCCAACGGUCGCCCCCGCAAGAAGCGAAGGAGUCGCAAAGGCUUGGAGAAGAGAUUCGAAUGUAAAGUCGAAGGAUGUGGGAAAUCCUACUCGCGAGCGGAGCAUUUGCAACGACACCAGCUCAACCAUAAUUCCGAACAAACAUAUCAUUGUGAAUUUCCCGAUUGCACUCGCACGUUUGUGCGUCAAGAUCUCCUUAAACGCCAUUUGGAGAGGCAUAAUAUUAAGGACACUCCAAAUGAAUCCGCCUCGCCUCGAGACGGCGCCACAGAAACAAACGCAACGCCUUCGGACGCCCCUGCAAACGAAACAUCGACAGACGAUGGAAAACAUAACAUGGGACCCCGUGCCCGAACAAAUCUGCCGUAUAAGCAAAACGGUGUUGCCAACGUGAAAAAUCAGCACAUGCUCUCGUACGGCAGAAAUACCGCCUUUGGGCAGAACAAUAUAUUCCCGCCGCACGUUCAGCAGCUCCAAGAUGCCCACGACGCGACACAGCUGGCAAAUCAAAUGGAUACAUCACCGCCAUCUUUCCCAAUGCAAAACAUGUACGCGCAAAACCAGCACAACUCGCCGCAGUUUGACAUGAACUCGGGGCAUGGGCGGCAGCCAUUCCACCAGGCCGCUCACUUUCAGCAAGCUGUAAGCACCGGACCCGAAUUCCCCGGAUCUACAGUCACCCAGGCCAAUGAGCUGUUAAUGAUGGACCAAAUGUCCAUGACAGGAGCUGGGCCGCUUUUUGGUGUCGAUGGCAGUCUUCCGAUGGUCGGCAUGCCGGCAGACUUUAUGGCGUAUCUAUUUCACUCAGGCCCUGAGAUGAACCAACUUGUCCCACCGCCAGCGCUAAACUAUGGCGAUUUACAAGACUCGCCUUACGACGCGCAGAGUUUCGAAAUGCCUCCCACUUUCAACCAGAUGCCCACCGGCCCAUACAAUGUGAUGGCUGUCAACAACCUUGUUGAUGCUGAUACCCCGGAAGCCAGCAUCUCGGCUGAAAGAAGUCAGGAGAUUUACAACUACAUCAACGACAGAUUUAACGGGCACGCUCACGUCCCGCUGCAAGAAAUGCGCGAAGAUAUCGUAGGCGGCGAUCGAAACGAGGACAGCCAUGUGCUCAGCCGCAAGAUGAUGCAAGCAUACAUCUGGUCUUAUUGGCAUAGUUUGAGCGAUCAGAUGCCCAUCAUCCACAAAGCGUCCUUCUCCGCUGAGAACACGCCAACUUUGUUGCUUUUGGCGAUGAUGGCGAUUGGAUCAGCGUGCCUGGAUAAGACCCAUGGCACCGCAGUCACAAUGGCCGGCGCCAGGGUCUCCAACUUCCUCGCAACGCAUCUCAGAUGGGAACUCUUUAUGGACCCGUCAUUCCGAGCACCUGCUAAGCUUUGGGUUUUCCAGACGCUGUUGGUGUUGGAACUAUACGAGAAGAUGUGCUCUACACGCCAGCUCCACGAGCGGGCCCAUAUCCACCACGCCACAACAAUCACCCUUAUGCGCCGUGGCAGAUCGCUAAUCGGAAAAUCGUCAUUGGAUGAAUCGUCAACUAUGCACGAAUCCGAACCUCCGUCCAGACAUUCAUCCACCUCUGCACCUGCCGUUGGUCGAGAUGAGUGGUGGCAGAACUGGAUCAUCAAUGAGUCGACCAAGCGAGCUGCAUGUGCCGCGUUUGUCAUUGACUCUAUUCAUUCUUCCAUGUUUGGUCAUUCGGGUGUCAUGGUUGCGCAUGAAAUGCGCCUGCCUUUGCCCUGCGAUGAUUCCCUCUGGCGAGCCACCAGUGGCGCCGAGGUUGUACGGGUCGAGUCGAGCCUCAAGGCCCAGGGCAUUAAGCCAAUGUCCUUCCUGGAAGGCCUCAAGUGCACACUCAACAACCAAGAGGUCAAUACAACGUCGUUUGGCCGCACAGUGCUGAUGGCAGGCCUGCUGAGCGUCACACAUCACAUGCAUCAGCGAGAUCUUCAAAUUAACGUGUUGGGAGGCGGAGUGGUGCAAGCCUUGGACGGUCGUGACAAGUGGCGGGCAACCUUGACACGAGCAUACGAUUUCUGGAAGGCAAACUUUGACAAGGCUGUUGACCAGUCCAAUUCAUUGCCGGACCCAUAUCGGAACGGCUCGACCAAAGCGACGCCCAGUGUUAUUUUUGAAAGCCGAACUGUACUUCAUGACCUAGCCCACAUGGCCAUGCAUGCUGAUAUUGUUGACUGUCAAAUGUAUGCUGGCGCAAAAAAGCUACUUGGCCGACCAGUUGGUCCGCUAGAGUUCAAUGCUGUUCAGAAGCGCAUCAAGGAAUACUGGGCGCCGUCUGCCCGUGCCCGUGAUGCCGCGUUCUAUGCCCUCCAGUUUCUGCGAUCAGUGUUGGCGCCUGAGCUAAGCACUCGAGGUGAUCGCGUAGGCUCUAAUAAUGAUCCGCCUUACGACACGCGCCACGAUGUGUUGCUAAACCGACCUUGGGUCCUGUAUUUUGCCGCGCUUGUCCUUUGGUCCUACGGCUUCGCCAUUGAGGGCCCGUGUCCUAGAUUCGUCCCUCCUACCACACCGCAAGAACAAUGGCUCGAUAUGAGGGCAUAUUUGGCCAAGUAUGCCAUGUCUGAUAGUCCGAAUGACCUUCAAAACCUACGGGGACUAAACCAGAACACAUCGUUGCUUCUGGUAUUGAAGGAGUCGUUUGAAAACUCUCGAUGGGAGCUGCUGCACGAGGCGGCAGCGUUGCUGCAAAACUGUGUGACUUUUAACUCCGGGGCUAGCAUCCAUUGA